UCCGGGCUAAAUCCAGCCAAUGAAAAGUGUUUAAAGCAUAGCGGCAUAUUACGGCCAUCUUCGACGCGUCGGCGCAUAUCUUGCCAGCCUUUCUCAUUGUCGUUCGGCGGUCAGAAAGCUUUUCUUCAUCCAUUGAAGGUUUUCGCUUGCUCGCUCUCUCUCUCUCUCUCUCUUAGCGCGUUUUCGUCGAGUGUCGUCGUUGUUUCACGUACCCGAAGUAGUGCAAUCGGAGAUUCGAUAUUAAUUUUUUUUAAAAACGUCGAUUAUUUGAUAUUUUCUUGCGUCUCCAAAACACCAACGAACAUUCAACCGGCAAACGUUCCUCAUUGGAAAUGGGGAAAGAGAAAAUACAUAUCAACAUCGUGGUAAUUGGUCACGUUGAUUCGGGUAAAUCAACGACGACAGGACAUCUCAUUUACAAAUGUGGGGGCAUAGACAAGCGCACAAUAGAGAAAUUCGAGAAAGAGGCUCAGGAAAUGGGGAAAGGCUCAUUUAAAUACGCCUGGGUGCUGGACAAACUGAAAGCCGAGCGAGAACGUGGCAUCACAAUUGAUAUUGCAAUGUGGAAAUUUGAGACGGCGAAAUAUUACAUAACCAUAAUUGACGCACCGGGGCAUCGCGAUUUCAUAAAAAAUAUGAUAACAGGCACGAGUCAAGCUGACUGCGCUGUGCUAAUAGUGGCAGCCGGAAUCGGUGAAUUUGAAGCUGGAAUAUCGAAAAAUGGUCAAACGCGAGAACACGCUCUGCUAGCUUUUACUCUUGGCGUAAAACAGCUCAUUGUCGGUGUCAAUAAAAUGGACAUGACCGAACCGCCCUAUUCGGAAACGCGCUUCGAUGAAAUUAAAAAGGAAGUUUCCUCUUACAUAAAAAAAAUCGGCUACAAUACCUCUUCCGUUGCAUUUGUGCCAAUUUCCGGUUGGCAUGGUGACAACAUGCUCGAACCAUCACCCAAAACGGCUUGGUUCAAGGGUUGGAAAGUUGAAAGAAAAGAUGGAAAUGGUGAAGGCAAAACACUCAUAGAAGCUCUUGACGCCAUUUUACCACCAUCACGGCCAACCGACAAGGCGCUCCGUCUUCCACUUCAGGAUGUUUAUAAAAUUGGUGGAAUCGGCACUGUACCGGUUGGUCGUGUCGAGACCGGCAUUCUUAAACCAGGCAUGCUGGUUACUUUUGCACCAGCCGCUUUGACGACCGAAGUGAAAUCGGUAGAAAUGCAUCACGAAGCUUUGACAGUUGCAAUGCCGGGUGACAACGUUGGUUUCAAUGUGAAAAACAUCUCGGUUAAAGAAUUGCGGCGAGGUUACGUGGCGGGGGAUUCAAAAAAUCAGCCACCUCGUGGAGCUUCCGAUUUCACGGCACAGGUUAUCGUCCUCAAUCAUCCAGGACAAAUAAGUAACGGUUAUACCCCAGUGCUUGAUUGUCAUACCGCUCACAUAGCUUGCAAGUUUGCUGAAAUAAAAGAAAAAUGUGAUCGUCGUACUGGAAAAACGACCGAGGAAAAUCCAAAAAGUAUAAAAAGCGGGGACGCGGCGAUAGUCGUGCUUCAACCUACCAAACCAAUGUGCGUCGAAGCUUUUCAAGAAUUUCCGCCCUUGGGACGCUUCGCUGUUCGCGAUAUGCGUCAGACUGUUGCUGUUGGUGUCAUCAAGAGCGUUAAUUUCAAGGAUGCUCAGGGCAAAGUAACCAAAGCCGCAGAAAAAGCCCAGAAGAAAAAGUAACCAUCAAGCUUCCUCGGAAGUUCGAAGCAGCAAGACACUCGUUCCUCUUGGUUAUUAUCCAAUCGAAUGAACAAAUUUGCAAGAACGAGAACGAGAAUCAUUGCCAUCCCAGUUAACUCGCAUCACUCAAACGCUAAAGGUGGCAUCUCAAUGUGUACCUUACGACCACUCUUGAACUAUCCCGUAGUUUUGAAUCCUCGUAUUUAUCCGAAUCUUCGAAUACAAUUCACUCAUGCUCCGCGUACUCCGUGCAUAUGUUAAAAUUCACGAUAAGUCGCAUAUUGAAUUUGAAUAGAAGGAGAAAUAAAUGAAAAGGCAAAAAACUCUACUUUAUCGAUUGAAUGUCUUUGUAUACGGUUGUUGUAUAAUCAGUAUUAUCCGAGACUACUGCUUUGAGACUACUUUGUUGUUUCUGUCAAAUUGAGAAGGAAGAAUGAAUCGAUGAGAGCAACUUUACAACAGCGUUGAGGCUGAGCAAAACAAGUAAAUCGAAAGCAUGAUUUCUCAUCGCUUAUUAGAAAAAUGGAAAAUUUCGAGGUGGAAUUGAAAUAUUGGAGCGACGACAUUUAUAUCGAGACCAGUAGUCUGAUAACGAUGAAUCGCAUUUCCAUUUAUAAAUCUUGGGAAAUCAACCAAUCUGGAUCACGCCAUCAAUUUUUUACUCGCAUAUUUCGAAACGAUUGAGUUUCAACGAGAAAAUCAAUACCCAAAGCGUAGAAAAAAGACUUUUAGCUUUCUAUGUUGAAAAUUGGUUAACAUUGGAAACAAUAUUUUCCGGACCAGUAGAAAUUGCUAAAAAAAACUAUAGACUCUAGCGAGAUCACCGCUGGUGACAUUUUCUGUGAUUCUUUCCACCCCUUAAACUGUUAAGAUCUCAUAAUAAAUCGUCAAAAUAAAUACUA